AUGGGGAACCAGGAUGGGAAGCUGAAGAGGAGCGCAGGUGAUGCCUCGCACGAAGGCGGCGGCGCCGAGGAUGCUGUGGGGCCCAGGGAUGCGGAAGCCACAAAGAAGGGGAGCGGGGGCAAGAAGGCGCUGGGCAAGCACGGCAAGGGGGGAGGGGGCGGCGGCGGGGAGCCCGGCAAGAAGAAGAGCAAGUCGGACUCCAGAGCCUCGGUGUUUUCCAACCUGCGGAUCAGGAAGAACCUGUCCAAGGGGAAAGGCUCUGGGGGCUCCCGCGAGGAUGUGCUGGACACCCAGGCCCUGCAGACCGGGGAGCUGGACAGCGCUCACUCCCUGCUCACCAAGACCCCGGACCUCAGCCUCUCGGCGGACGAGACGGGCCUGUCGGACACCGAGUGUGCGGACCCUUUUGAGGUGACCCGUGUAGGGGGUCCUGGGCCUGCUGAGGCUGGGGUCGGCGGCCGCGCGGUCGCCGAGGAUUUAGAAACUGCACCAGGGGCGCAGGAUGGACAAAGGACCAGUUCGGGUUCGGACACGGACAUCUAUAGCUUUCACUCUGCCACGGAGCAAGAGGAUUUGCUUUCAGACAUCCAGCAGGCGAUCCGCCUGCAGCAGCAGCAGCAGCAGCUGCUGCUCCAGGGCUCCGAGGAGCCUGCAGCGCCCCCCACCGCCACCUCCCCUCAGCCUGGGGCCUUCCUGGGCCUGGACCAGUUCCUGCGGGGGCCGAGCGGCGGGGCUGCGGAAGCCCGGGACAGUGUGGACACAGAGCAGGCGCUGUCCGCGCUCUCCGACCUGCCCGAGAGCCUGGUCGCUGAGCCCUCAGUGCCCGAGCAGCCGCGGACCCCGGGCGGCCUCCUCUCCUCCGAGGCGCCCGGCCUCCCGGGGGCCCAGCCCGGGGCGGAAGACUCGCCCUCGUCCACGGCCUUCCCGUUUCCCGAGGCCGGGCCGGGGGAGAGCGCGGUCGGAGCUCCCGUGCAAAGGGCUGGGGACACGGAUGAGGAGUGCGAGGAGGAUGCUUUUGAGGAUGCCUCCCGAGGCUCUCCGGGGGAGGAGUGGGGCCCGGAGGUGGGAGAGGAGGCCGCGCAGAGGCGGGAGGGGGAGCCGGAGGAGGGGGCGCGAGGGCCCGGCACCCCCACUGCCGCCUCCCUGCCCGGCAGCCCCGCGCCCAGCCCGCGCUGUUUCAAGCCCUACCCACUCAUCACCCCCUGCUACAUCAAGACCACCACUCGGCAGCUCAGCUCGCCCAACCACUCCCCGUCCCAGUCCCCUAGCCAGAGCCCCAGGAUCAAGAGGCGGCUGGAGCCCUCCCUGAGUCGGGGGCCCAGAACUGCUCUGGCCUCCGCAGCCGCCCCGGCCAAAAAGCACCGGGUCGAAGGCGGCCUUGCUGGCGGCCUCAGCCGUUCUGCGGACUGGACCGAGGAGCUCGGCGGCCGCUCGCCCCAGCCGGGAGGCUCCGCGCACCUGCUGGAGUGCGGAGUGGCCACGGAAGGUAGCGGCGGUGGGGUGUCCCCGGCAUCGGCCGCCAAGGCGUCUGGGGCGCCCGCGGCUGCAGAUGGCUUCCAGAAUGUGUUCACAGGGCGAACUCUGUUGGAGAAGCUGUUCAGCCAGCAGGAGAACGGGCCGCCAGAAGAAGCAGAGAAGUUUUGCUCCCGGAUCAUUGCCAUGGGGCUUCUCCUGCCUUUUAGUGACUGCUUCAGGGAACCGUGUAAUCAGAAUGCCCAGUCGAGUUCAGCUCCGUUCGACCAAGAUCAACUUUACACCUGGGCCGCAGUUAGUCAACCCACACACUCGCUGGAUUACUCCGAAGGGCAGUUUCCCAGGCGGGUUCCAUCUGCGUGGCCACCAUCCAAACCUCCUGAAGAAGAACACAGACCCAUGGAAACAGAAUCUCAAUCUGCUGUUUUGGAAACUCCAAAAAAAGGUUCGGAUGCCAUCCAGCAGGAAGUUUCUGACAUGAAGUCUGAGGGACAGGCGACUGUAAUUCAGCAACUGGAGCAGACCAUCGAGGACCUGAGGACCAAAAUAGCUGAACUAGAGAAGCAGUACCCUGCCAUGGACAUGGAGGUGGCCAGUGGCCAUCAAGGGGUUGAGAAUGGAGUGGCACCUUCAGAAGAUGUCUGUUUCGAAGCUCUCAGGUUAGGAGAAAACGAUGUUCGGCAUCAGAGGAUUUUACAGGCAAAGUCCAUACAGACUUCCCCGACGGAGGAGGGCGGGAUGCUGCCGCCGCCGCCCGGGAACGCGCUGUGGGAGGCGGCUCCGGGCCCACCGGCGGCCGAAAGCGGAGAGUCGGCCAUUCCCUCCUCGCCGUCUGGACCUCAGACAAAGUUCUGUUCCGAGAUUUCGUUGAUCGUGUCUCCAAGGAGAAUAUCAGUCCAGCUGGAUGCCCAGCAGUCCAUACAGGGCAUCUCACAGCCUCCACCACCUCCAUCCCUUCCGUGGUCUGAUGGUCAAGGACAGCCUGGGGCACGGCCGUCCCAUCCUUCUCUUUGUACUCAGUUUGACACCAGCCAUGAACACUCUGUUUCCUCCUCCUUGGAAAACAGCUAUAACAUCCCGUCCCCACCACCGCUGCCUUGCACAGAGUCCUCCAGCUCCAUGCCUGGCCUGGGCAUGGUGACUCCCCCAUCUGCCCCUCUCCCUGGCAUGACAGUGCCUGCGAUACCCGGCGCGGCCAUCCCCCCACCUCCUCCUCUGCCGGGUAUAGACAUGCUGCCACCCCCUCCCCCUCCUCUUCCCGGAGUGGGAAUUCCUCCUCCUCCCCCUCUACCCGGAGUGGGGAUACCCCCUGCCCCACCUCUACCCGGAUCAGGAAUACCUCCUCCUCCCCCUCUUCCCGGAGUGGGGAUACCCCCUCCUCCCCCUCUACCUGGAUCAGGAAUACCUCCUCCUCCACCUCUUCCUGGUACAGGAAUACCCCCUCCCCCUCCUCUACCUGGAGUGGGAAUACCGCCUGCCCCCCCUCUUCCUGGUAUGGGAAUACCCCUUCCCCCUCCUCUUCCCGGAGUGAGGAUACCCCCUCCUCCCCCUCUACCUGGAGUGGGGAUACCCCCUCCCCCACCUCUUCCUGGUACAGGAAUACCCCCUCCCCCUCCUCUACCUGGAGUGGGAAUACCCCCUCCCCCACCUCUUCCCGGUAUGGGAAUACCCCCUCCCCCUCCUCUUCCCGGAGUGGGAAUACCCCCUCCCCCUCCUCUACCUGGAGUGGGGAUACCCCCUCCCCCACCUCUUCCUGGUACAGGAAUACCUCCACCCCCUCCUCUACCUGGAGUGGGAAUACCCCCUCCCCCACCUCUUCCCGGUAUGGGAAUACCCCCUCCCCCUCCUCUACCUGGAGUGGGAAUACCCCCUCCCCCUCCUCUACCUGGAGUGGGGAUACCCCCUCCCCCACCUCUUCCUGGUACAGGAAUACCUCCACCCCCUCCUCUACCUGGAGUGGGAAUACCCCCUCCCCCACCUCUUCCCGGUAUGGGAAUUCCUCCUCCUCCUCCUCUACCCGGAGUGGGAAUACCCCCUGCCCCACCUCUACCCGGAUCAGGAAUUCCUCCUCCUCCCCCUCUUCCUGGAGUGGGAAUACCUCCUCCCCCUCCUCUGCCAGGUAUGGGGAUUCUACCUGCUCCAGGUCCCCCUCUCCCUCCGCCUGGGACAGGAAUCCCCCCACCGCCUCCACCCCCUCUGCUUCCCGGAUCAGGACCUCCACUCCCCGCCCAAGUUGGCAGUAGCACUUUAUCAACACCACAGGUGUGUGGAUUUCUUCCUCCUCCGUUGCCGUCCGGAUUGUUUGGACUAGGAAUGAGUCAGGACAAAGCGAGUAGGAAGCAGCCAAUAGAGCCUUGUCGCCCAAUGAAGCCUCUUUAUUGGACAAGAAUUCAACUGCACAGUAGAAGAGACUCCAGUGCUUCACUUAUUUGGGAAAAAAUUGAAGAGCCAUCCAUAGAUUGUCACGAAUUUGAGGAAUUAUUUUCUAAAACUGCUGUAAAGGAGAGAAAGAAACCUAUUUCUGAUACUAUCUCAAAAACGAAGGCUAAACAAGUUGUCAAGUUAUUAAGCAACAAAAGAUCACAAGCAGUUGGAAUAUUAAUGUCUAGUCUUCAUUUAGACAUGAAAGACAUACAACAUGCUGUUGUGAACUUGGACAAUUCAGUGGUUGACCUGGAGACCCUUCAAGCUCUCUAUGAGAACAGAGCACAGUCAGAUGAACUGGAAAAAAUUGAAAAGCACGGCCGGUCUUCCAAAGACAAGAAAAAUCCCAAGUCUCUGGACAAACCUGAACAGUUCCUUUAUGAGCUGUCACUAAUCCCCAACUUUUCAGAGCGAGUCUUUUGCAUCCUGUUCCAGUCCACGUUUUCUGAAAGCAUUUGCUCCAUUCGUCGCAAACUAGAAUUACUACAGAAGUUGUGUGAGACAUUAAAAAAUGGCCCAGGAGUUAUGCAGGUUCUGGGUUUGGUUCUAGCUUUUGGCAACUACAUGAAUAGUGGAAAUAACACUCGGGGACAGGCAGAUGGUUUUGGAUUAGACAUUCUUCCGAAGUUGAAAGAUGUCAAAAGCAGUGUAACCUGUGAAGUUGAAGCGGAGAAAGUGUACCAGGUCUCCUCAAAAGAGCACAUGCAGCCUUUCAAAGAAAACAUGGAACAAUUUAUUAUUCAAGCUAAAAUUGACCAAGAGGCAGAGGAGAAUUCAUUGACGGAGACCCAUAAAUGCUUUUUGGAGACUGUAGCCUAUUUCUUCAUGAAACCAAAACUUGGAGAGAAGGAGGUGUCCCCAAAUGUUUUCUUCAGUAUCUGGCAUGAAUUCAGCUCUGACUUUAAAGACUUCUGGAAGAAAGAGAACAAACUUAUUCUACAAGAGAGAGUAAAAGAAGCUGAAGAGGUGUGUAGGCAGAAAAAGGGAAAAUCACUUUAUAAAAUAAAACCAAGACAUGACUCUGGAAUUAAAGCAAAGAUAAGCAUGAAAACCUGA